AUGAUAGAGAACGGUGUUAACGAACAUGGCUCAACAGCGACCAGAGGGUAUAGUGCAGUUUUACAAAGAAGAUAGAUUAGAUGCGAAGGGUAAUCAGUUAUUCAAAUGUGAAUACUGCAGACAAGAUUCGAAGCCUAAUUUUAUCAAUGAUUACGUUAGAAUGAUAUAUCAUUUAAAUUAUGUGCAUAAUAAAUCAGAAAUAAUGGAAGACCCAAAAUAUCAGUCCGUAGCAGCAAGAUUUAAUCUUCAUCGCCACAAUGUAAACCAAAUUGUUGGGGAAUGUCUUGUUUCAAAUUGUAACAUGAAAAUUAAAAUAAAAAUAGAUUCUGGACGAAAAAUACUGAAUUAUUACAAAAUAGAGGACACCGAAUAUGCGAAAUGCUCAUUUUGUCGGACGCAGAUACCUUUGGAAGGGUUGGAUUCGCAUCCUGCUGUGGUACUCGCGGCCUUAAGCAAACACUUGAUCCCACAUAUUGGCAAAUAUUCGGACAUACUACUAAAAGGAGAAGUACAAGAAUUACGUUCCGUAGACGAAGCAUUCAUACAAAGUGAGCUAGAAAAAGAAGAAAAUAUGCAAUUAGAAAUGAACAAAAAAAAGCAAGAUAUUGAUAAGGAAGUUUCAAUGGAAGAGACUCUAAGUAUUAUAGAAACGGAAGAUCUUAAUACGCUACUGCAACGAUACAGAAUGAAAUUAAAUGAAGAAAAAAAAGAACUAUGUUGUGAAAUAAAUGGAGCUCACCAGUUUACAUAUGAUGAUAAUAAGUUAUAUUGCAUAAGAAAUCAUUGGGAAAUUUAUCACGGGCCGAAAAAUAUGAUUUACGAUGAAAUAAAGAAUGUAACAAUUAUAUCUAAGUUAUUUCGAAAUUACAAAAUAACGGAUGGAACAUUAGCAACCUGCUCUGAGUGUGAAUAUUCAGAAAAUUUGGAAAAAGACAAUGAAUUGUAUGCUGAAAUUUUGAUAACUCUAAGAGACCACUGGUACCAAAUCCAUCGUAAAACUUUUACAUAUUCACAAUAUUAUAAACGUGGAAAUCAAGCUCUACAAGAAAUAGUGCAAGAAAUAAAGAAGAAAAGGCGAGAAGCUGCAACGCAGAUAUCACAUCCAGCGGAGAGAUAUGAGAUUCAAGAAGUACACAGUGUUGAGCCUGGACAAGACAUUCCGAGUGAGGGUGUACCAGAGACACAAGAGACACCAGAAACACUAGAGUCUAGCGAAAUACGAAGUACUACGACGCAAAGUUCUGCAACUGUGGAAAACAUGCCUAAACAAAGCAGUGACAGUGGGGAUAUAUCAGUCUCCGGCGAAACGCAAAGUCCUUUGUCUGAGGAACCAUCAUCAAAACAGAUAAGAUUAGAUUCUGAUGUUAUAGAUCGUAUUGAAUUCGAAAAAAAUUCAAUCUCGCCGCUGAUACAAGAUAUCUUUCUACAAAGGAUAUUAUGCCAUCUGUUUUAA